CGCUGUAUACCCACCAUUGAAACGCCGUGAAAUCGAUCUCUAAACACCCCCUUACUGAAGAUUAUCCAUCCCAAGCAAAAUGUCCACCACAGACCGUUACAUUAUCCGCAAGACCGGGCAGCCCUUCACAUCCGGAUAUCGAGUCUACAUCGAAAAAGACAAUGAAAUAAUUUCCCCAUGGCACGACAUCCCACUGUACAAUGAUGAACAGAAGGGAAUAUUGAACAUGAUCGUUGAGAUCCCACGCUGGAGUAAUGCCAAGAUGGAGAUAUCCAAAGACGAAUUCCUUUCGCCCAUUAAGCAGGAUAUCAAGAAAGGCCGACCACGCUAUGUGCCAAAUAUCUUCCCGCAUAAGGGAUAUCCCUGGAACUAUGGGGCUUUUCCGCAGACAUGGGAAGAUCCCUCCAUCGAAGAUCCCCACACCCACGCUAACGGCGAUAACGACCCACUCGACGUAUGCGAACUGGGCGGCUAUGUUGGCGAAACCGGUGAAGUGAAACCAGUCAAGGUCCUCGGUGCAUUUGCUAUCCUCGACGAAGGAGAGACAGACUGGAAGGUCCUCGUGGUAGAUGUGCGUGAUGCAUUAGCUGCGAAAGUGAAUGAUAUCGGAGACGUCGAGGCGUACAUGCCUGGUUUUCUGGAGAUGAUGAAGUGGUGGUUUAGGAUGUAUAAGGUGCCGGAUGGGAAGAAGGAAAAUGAACUUGCAUCGGAGGGCAACAUAUUUGGCAGAGAUUUCGCCAUGGAGCUCAUCAAAGACUGCCACAAAAGCUGGAAGGCCAUGAUGAAUGAAGAGAGGCCGGAACAUACAUCAUCGUCUCUAAGCGACCUUGGUAUACGCGGUAGCGAGAUUCUCGGCGAGACAUAUAACGAAAAGGGAGCGGACCCUGAUAAGACGGCGAUUGAUAAGUCUUAUUUCUUUCCAGCCAGCCUUACGCGUGUACCCGACGGAAGAGGUACUACGAGUAUUGUUGAAAUUCCCGCGCCGGCACCGAUGCCGGUACAAACAUAGAGUAGAUGGCGUAUAAUGUUCUCCCUAUAGGAUAAGCUCAAGCUACAUGCAUGCUAUGGAGAUACAAUUUCCAAAUAUAAUGGUUUCUUUGUGUAGCACCUAUCGAGGGCAUCGUGUUAUAUCUUCAAUGCGGACGGAAAACUAGGUAGGCUGGCAGACUGAAAAGUACCAUGUUCUUAAAGUAGUGGUAUCCCUAUUCCAUGACGUCUACAGCUGAAACUAUUAUGCAAAGGAG